GCAGUCUCUCUCAGUCUCUGACUCCAGCUGAUUUUUAGACCGCUAUUUCUGGUGUACUGUACUCGUGGCGACAUGAGCGGAAGAGUCGGAGAUCUGAGCGUGAAACAAGCCGAAGCUUUGGCCCAGUUUCGAGAAAAUGUUAAGGAUAUUCUACCCCAGUGUCCAUCCCAGAGUGACCACUUUCUGCUCCGAUGGCUGAGAGCUAGAAAUUUCAAUCUACAGAAAGCCGAGGCCAUGAUGCGCAAGCACAUGGAAUUUCGGAAACACUUGAAAGUUGACACCAUCACUACAGAGUGGCAGGUGCCAGAGGUAAUAGACAAGUAUCUGUCUGGUGGCAUGUGUGGCCAUGACCGUGAAGGGAGCCCCGUCUGGUAUGAUGUCAUCGGACCUUUGGACCCUAAGGGUCUGAUGCAUUCGGCGUCCAAGCAGGACUUAAUCAAGUCUAAAGUCAGAGACUGUGAGAUUCUGCAGAAAGAGUGUGACUUACAGAGCGAACGGUUGGGUAGGAACAUUGAGGCAAUUACUAUGGUCUAUGACUGUGAAGGUCUGGGAAUGAAGCACUUAUAUAAGCCUGCUAUAGAGACUUAUGGAGAGGUUCUCACUAUGUUUGAAGAUAACUAUCCAGAGGGACUCAAGAGGUUAUUUGUCAUUAAAGCACCCAAACUGUUUCCUGUGGCUUACAAUCUGGUGAAACAUUUUUUGAGUGAGGAUACUCGCCGUAAGGUCAUCGUACUGGGAUCAAGCUGGCAGGAGGUUUUACAGAAAUACAUCGACCCUGAAGAGCUCCCAGUGUACUAUGGAGGCAAACUGACCGACCCUGAUGGUGACCCCAGAUGUAGAACCAGGAUUACGUUCGGAUCAGAGAUUCCCAAGACCUACUAUGUUCGAGACUCCAUUAAAGUGGACUAUGAUCAGUGUGUGACUAUUGGCCGUGGCUCAUCUCAUCAGGUGGAAUAUGAGCUACUUGCACCAAACUGUGCACUAAGAUGGCAGUUCAACUGUGAUGGUGCCGACAUAGGUUUCGGUGUCUAUAUGAAGAAGAGGAUGGGAGAGUGGAUAAAGGCUAGUGAGAUGAAGGAAGUUGUGCCAAAUCAGCGUUACAACGCACACCUGGUACCCGAGGACGGAUCCCUCACCUGCCCAGAACCAGGAGUGUACGUACUGCGAUUUGACAACACAUACAGCAUCUUCCAGUCCAAAACGGUCAGCUUCACAGUGGAGGUCCUCCUACCUAGUCAAGUCAACCAAUCAGAACGUUAGAUAUUAUGGCAACAAGCAAGCAGACAACUAGGUUAUGAAACGGUUUAGAAACUAUUGCUCAGAAGCAUAAACUCACAACAUCUUAGACAGUAUAUCUGCUGUAGUAAAUAUUAUAAUAAUGCUGCUCUCGAAAAGAAGAGUAUGUAAUUGAACUGACCAAUCAAUGCAUUACAAUGGUGGGAUAAAAUUACACUUUAGUGAUCGACGUGCAAUGAGAGACUGCAUCGUCCACUGACAUAUCUGGAUCCUGACUUCGAUGCCAGUGUGAUUCUUUGCAUUUGUUUCUCUGAGAUGAACCUAUUAAUCAAGUUCAUUUGUUAUAUAUUAAUGAAGUGCUUAUCAUUGAGCCGUGGCUUAAGUGUAACAACUGUGCUGCAAAUUACUAGACUGAAACUGUCUUGGCAUGUAUUAUUCGAGCUUGCCCUUGUGUGCCCUCUUUAUGAUUGCCUUAACUCAUGUUCUUGAAGUUAUUUUAUCUUUUUAGUUCUUUUUGAUAAUGAAUUAAUUCAGAUGAUGAGUCUGCACACAUUUCCCUCAGAAUGUGGUAAGAGGUUAAAUUAUUAAAUACUUUUAUGUUAUUGACGCACACAAAUCUGUGAACCUUUUGAAAUAUUUUGUUUACAAAGAGCAUUUGUGAUACAGAAUAUGAUGUUGACAUCAUGGGUGGUUUGCCUUUUUUAAUCCUACUUGUUUUUUUUUAUUAUUUAAGUAAUUGAUGUUGUAAACUUUUGCUUAGUAAGGAGAUUUUAUACCUCAGGUCCUUGUGUUUACAGUAACAAUGCUCAUAUUUGAUUCCAGCAAUGUGCAUCUGUUCUGUCAAUGUCUUUCUAUGAUUGACCACAUUGUAUUUUCUCUUAUUUCCAUGUCUCUUUGAUUUUGUAAUAUUGAUGUAAUUUAUGAGUGAUAUUAUGUUGAUUUGAAUUAAUUUACUAAUUAAAUAUAUACAUUGCAAUAG